AUGGCCAAGAAGAAAGUUAAGAAGAGUCUAAAGUCAAUUACCAAUACCCACAAAGGAAAGCUAUUAGGUCCAAAAUCUUUAAAACCACAGCAGACCAGACAGAUCAUACGACGAUUUCACAUUAUACAAAAAAAUAAAUAUUCAAUAAUAUCAAAGCUUCGAAAAGCCAAUUCAAAUAUAGACAUAAAUGAUUAUGAUUCAAUCAAAAAUAGCAAAGUGUAUCAAAAUGAAUUUAAAAACUUUAAAAUUCCAACGAAAUACAGUGAAAAUGAAAUUUACAAGAUAGAUAAUACCUCAACUGACAAAGAAUUAAUCAAAAUAUUAGCGAGAAUUGAUUCAGAAAUUGAGCAAAGAGGUGGAUUAAAAACUUACCAAUCAGCAUCAACACAAGGUCAAACAAGUAAAAGAGGUGGUGAUUCUUCGAAAAAAUUAAUAGAAUGGUUGAAAACAUCAAAAUAUGAAACAAAGUUAACUCAAGACUUGAAUGCAUUAGAAAUUGGUUGUUUAAGUCCACAUAAUAUUAUAUCCACAAGUAAAAUUUUCAAAUCAAUAACAAGGAUAGAUUUGAAUUCUCAAGAUCCAUUUAUUUUACAACAAGAUUUUAUGGAACGUUCAUUACCAACAAGUGAAGAAGAAAAAUUCAAUUUAAUUUCAUGUUCAUUGGUUUUAAAUUUUGUUCCAUCUCAUGAAAAAAGAGGUGAAAUGUUAAUUAGAAUCACUAAAUAUCUAAAAUCACCAAAAAAUGGUCAAUUAAGUUCAUUGUUUCUAGUUUUACCAUUACCUUGUGUUAAAAAUUCAAGAUAUUUUGAUAAUGAUAAAUUAUUAGAAAUUAUGGGUAAGUUAGGUUUCAAACAAACUUUUUUUUAUGAAGCUAAUAAAGUUGCUUAUUGGUUAUUUGAUUGGAAUGGAAAAGUUUCUAAAAAUAUAACCUUUAAUAAAAAGGAGCUACAUUCAGGUUCAACUAGAAAUAACUUUUGCAUUUCCAUCGAUAAUACAUAA